AUGGCAUUGGCUUACUCCACCCUAACCUACUGGCUCGUGAAUCACCCCUACAUCGCCAACUUCACGUGGACCGAAGGUGAAACCCUUGGCUCCACCGUCUUAUUUGUAGCCAUCGUAGUAUCCCUUUACCUCUCCACCACAUUCCUCCUCCGUUAUGUCCUCAUUUCACUACCUUCCCUCGGUCCCAAAAUUCUCAAACCAAUCACAGCCGUCCAUAGCCUCAUCCUCUGCCUUCUCUCCCUCAUCAUGGCCCUAGGCUGCACUCUCUCCGUAACCUCAGACCCAACGGUUAGUUUCUUCCACUCAAUAUGUUUUCCCCUCGACGUGAAACCUAAAGGACCACUCUUCUUCUGGGCUCAAGUCUUCUACCUCUCCAAGAUCCUCGAGUUCGGAGACACACUCCUCAUCAUACUUGGAAAAUCAUUCCAACGGCUCUCGUUCCUCCACGUGUACCACCAUGCUACGGUUGUGAUCUUGUGCUUCAUCUGGCUCCGAACCCGACAGUCUAUGUUCCCGGUUGGGCUUGUGACGAACUCCACGGUCCAUGUCAUCAUGUAUGGUUACUACUUCCUCUGCGCCGUUGGAUGGAGACCUAAGUGGAAGAGGUUGGUGACAGAUUUUCAGAUAGUGCAGUUCUUUUUCGGGUUUGGAUUGUCUAGUUGGAUGUUGCCGGAACAUUUUUUCGGGUCGGGUUGCUCCGGGAUGUGGGGAUUAUAUUUCACCGGUGCGUUUAAUGUUUCUCUCUUGGUUCUCUUCUUUAACUUCCGCUCCAAGAACUAUGCAAAUAAGUCAAGACUUGAUAUAGUGGCAACAAAACGAUUUGAUCAUUAUUUUCCAGAAGAGACGAUUAAACUGGCUUAA